AUAAAACCUUGAAGGAAACGAUUCUGUUUCCCAACAGAGUUGCAUCUGAGCAACAGUCUAUGUUUUUGAUGAAAAGACUGCUGGCAAUUUCCAUUUCCUGUAUAACAUAUCUGCGAGGGCUCUUUCCAGAAAGCUCUUAUGGAACUCGCUAUUUAGAUGACAUGUGUCUGAAAAUCCUUCGAGAAGAUAACAGCUGCCAGGGUUCACUACAGAUAGUUAAGUGGAUUCAGGGAUGCUUUGAUGCAUUGGAAAAGAACUAUCUGCAUAUGGCUGUCUUGGCAAUCUAUACCAAUCCCAAAGAGCCUGAGCGCAUGACAGAAUUCUACCGGUUCAAGUUCAAAUAUUCAAAGGAUGGACCUCAGAUGGACUUUGCUAGCACUCACAUGACCUUUGCAAAUGAGGGAACCAGUGAAGAAAUUAAGAAAGCCAGUAUCCUGCUGAUCCGCAGACUGUAUGUCUUAAUGCAGAAUCUUGGGCCACUGCCUAAUGACAUUACAUUAAGCAUGAAGCUGUUCUACUACAAUGAUGUCACACCCAGUGACUACCAGCCACCUGGCUUUAAGGAGGGCAACAGCUCUGAUGGUCUGCUUUUUGAUGGUGAACCUGUGAACCUAAAAGUAGGCUCAGUCUCCACUGGGUUCCAUGUGCUGAAAGUGAGAGUAACCACAGAAAGCAAAAGGAUGGGGAUGCUGGAGAGCAGUCUGGUUGAGGAGAACGAUCACACAGAGAUCUCCCAUCAAGGGCUAGACUGUGAUGAGGAAGAAGAGGAGGGCAGCCUUAAAGUACAGGAACAGAGUGAACAUCUAGCCGCUGGCAUCAAGCUGGAGACAAACAGGAUGCAUGAAAGGAACACAGAAUCAGACUGCAAAAAUAUUUUAUAUGUGGAUACACAGAGAGCAGACACAAUUAGAAAAGCUGAAGAGACAAAGAGAGGACCUUCUACUAAGACUUCUCACCAGACAAAGCGACUAGAUUUUACGUUGAGCCAGGAGGAGGCAGGUGACGCAGGGAAAAAGAGAAAGAUCAGCACACCGGUUGAUUCAAUUCUUGCAGCUCAGAAAUGAUGAUUGAAAUGGAAGAAGCAUCUUUCACUAGAAGGUGUUAGUAGGCAUCUUUAUUGUACACUGUCUUUUCAUCUUUUAUCUGCCGUAAUUACCUCUCCAUGCACAGUACAUAGUUUUAAGGGAUUUUGUCUAAUUUCCUGAUUUAAACCCUGUGUGGAAUAUAGCGACAAAGACCAUUUAAUGGUGAAUAUUGUGACUAUCUUGAUGCUGAGUAACUGAACUAGUAAAAGAAUUACACUAA